UGCACCUGACAUCAAACCGUUUCCUCUCUCCUAUACUCCAUCAACCUCCAUCGCCAUCUGGCCACGCGGCCGAGCAUCCGACUCAAUGGCUCCCAGAACAAUGCCGCGGCGAUGGGCGCCGACACUCCUCACCAAAAUGCAUUCCGAUCAUGUGCCGCUACUACGAGUCUACGUCAGGAACGCGAUGGGCGACGAGGCCGAUAAGGCACAUGCGAAGCGAAUCUGGUCGCAUCUAGAAGGAUGCUAUCCGUAUCAUCGUCCUCCAGCAGUGCAUUUCUCAGGUCUGGAGUGAGAGGAGGCGAGAGGAAGAGCAUGCACAGAAGGAUGGGCUAUGGCAGCCUGUGGAUCGCACCAUCGGCUCUGUGAGGCCGCAACCUGUCUCCUCCUCAGCCCGACUUGGCUUGUCGCGUGUGGCUUGACGCGACGCCUUCGGAAAAAGGGUGUCGGUAGGUGUGGAAGGAAGGUAGUGGUAAGGUGGAAGGUAAGGUAGUGUGCGACUACCAUAUGUAAAUGCAGAGGUGGAAGUGGAAGUGACACCGGAACCGGCAAACCUUUUUUCAGAAGGAGCCUGAGAAGGAGGCAGCAACAAACGGUCAUGCAGAUCGUGCAUGAGAACCGCAUGAAUUAUGCCCCACCUUCUGCCUUCACUUGCGCCAGCUUCACGAGUUCAACUCGCUUUCUCCGCCCGCCGCGCGACCUUUUACUCCCCCCACAACACCACCCACCGAGGCAGUGUUACCGCACAAGACACCACGCCGCCCCGCGCACUAGCGUCGAGAACGACGCCAACGAAUGCCAUGUGCCCGCAGACCACGCCGCCGAUGAACGAGGUGAAGAGCGCAGGAAGUUACACCACCACCACCGAAGAAGACACUGCCGCCCUCCGUGAUCAUCGGGAGAACGUACCACAAGAGCUAUACGACAUGAUCUAUGACAUGACUUUCACGGCGGAACCAGAGGUUCGCGUGAUCUACCCCGAAAAUGUACGGCCAGUAGGAGAUCAGGACCCAACCGGCAAACUCAAACCCGGACGCUCGAUACACGUAAGUCGCAAUAAAGCAUUCUCGCAUCUCUUGCAUGUCGAUCGGAGGACUCGUGCCAGAUAUGCUCAGUCACACUUCGGACAAUGGUCUCUCAUUAUUGUGUUCGGGAUCGUCAUGCUUGACCGGCUGGUGAAGGCAAUGGACAAGAGACAUGUGCUGUGGAUGCGGUUGUACUUGAGAGACGAAUCAGGAGGGUAUGAUGGAGAAUACCAGGACCUCAUCACACGACACGAGUCGAGCUUUGAUUGUGUUCGACCAUACGUGAGGUGUAGAGGCCUGGAAGAGAUUCUGAAGCGCGACUUUGGUGGGCAGUAGACAUCUGCCUGCAUUGUACUGCAGCUUUUGAGGUGAGCGAUCGGUCGCCACUGAACAGAGAUGCGAGGUGAAUGAGGCAGCACGUGCCAAUCGCCGUUCACUUCCUUCACCUUUGUCUCCAAGUCAAAAUGACGAUUGGUAUUCGUUCAUCCCCCAGCAUUGAAGAUUCCCACACUCCCAACUCAGUCACAGCACAGUAACUCCAUGUCACCCAGCAUCAUGUCGCCAACGAACCAAGCGAAGCACGAAGGAGAAGACACCACAGCUCUGCGCGAGCGACUCGAGGGCCUACCACAAGAGUUGUACAACGAGAUUUACAACUGGACCUUCACCGCCGCCUCCAAAAUCCGCUUUUUCUACGAGCUCCGCUUUCGCGAAGAAGAACCUUCGAUCGAAGGUGCCGACUCCUCUAUCGAAACGCGUAUCGUCCGCAAUCGACUGUUCUCUCACCUGAUGCACGU